CAAGUGCUCGCCUGUGAUUGGUGGAUUAUAUUUCUAUUGUAUUUGCAUAUCAUGUUUUCGGCCACUGUUGGACUCGGAGAAGAAGCGUAAUGACCUCUCCCGCCUUCCACGCGCCUCCGCUGUCGGCGUUCUUCAAGAAGGAGGAAGAUCUGCUGGUCACGCAUGGCCUCGCCGACGUCCACACACCAGCAAUGUUCCACCACGCAUUUGACAUUGGCGACGUGAUCGGCCGCGGCAGUGUCUCGAUGGUGUAUGCGUGUCGCCACAAGUCGACCCUACGCGAAUACGCCGUGAAAGUGAUCAACAAGCAAUUGUGCAUUAAGAAAAAAAGCCUGCGCGACGAAAUCUCGGUGCUCAUGCGCGUCAAGCAUCCCAACAUCAUUAGUCUUGAAGCCGUGUUUGAGAGCGACCAAGAGCUCUACCUCGUCAUGGAGCGCGCGACGGGCGGCGAGUUGUUUGACCGCAUCGUCCAGGUCGGCGUGUACUCGGAGCGCCAAGCCGCCGAUAUCGUCGCGCACCUCCUUCUCGCGCUCGAGUACCUUCACGACCACAACAUCAUGCACCGGGACAUCAAACCCGAGAACCUCCUCUUGGGGACUACCGAUCGUCCCGACGAUAUCAAGAUCAGCGACUUUGGCAUUGCCAAGAUCCUAGAGGACAUGGAGGAUGACGACAGCAUGCAGGGCAUCCAAACGACGCGCCGCGCGUCCAGUGCCGCCUGCCGCGGCCGCGCCUACACGAGCUGCGGGACCGACUACUACGUGGCGCCGGAGGUGCUCAACGGCAACGGCUAUGACAACAAAGUGGACAUGUGGAGCCUGGGGGUCGUGAUUUACAUCAUGCUGUGCGGAUUUCCACCGUUCGCAGAGGACGAAGGCGGCAUGGAGUCUGUCUAUCGCAAGAUCACGUCGGGGGUGCUCGACUUCCCCGACCCGUACUGGAGCAACGUGUCUGAACUAGCCAAGUCAUUUUUGAGAAGUUUGCUGAAUGUCGACCCUGUCCAGCGCAUCAGCGCCGAAAAAGCAUUGGGCCAUCCUUGGAUCCGGGGCCGGACGGUGUCGACGAGCGAGGCGCCUCUGCGGUCGGCAAUACACGAAAUGCGGCGGUUCAACCAGAAGCGCCGGUUCAGUUGAUCAUGUGUGUGUGUCCGCUAUAUACUGUACAGUAACGUUGGUUCGUGCAUUGGAGGUGUAGUGUUGGUGUUGAGUGUUAACGUGACGUGGGAAGUCGUCGGAUAAGUGCUUGGAACUCGCAGCCGUCAUUAGCCAUGUAUGUUGUGGUGAGUUCAGUUGUUGUC